AUGCCAUCAAAGCUGCGCAAUACGAAGAAGGACAAUUUUCAAUAUUCCCAUGCUGUACUUAGUGGAAUCAGAUCAAUAAUUCAAUCAAUAACGAAAUUUGGCGUUCACACUGUGGCUCAUAUGUCUGCCUGUGGGUUUCAAUAUACUGGUAAUGGCAAUGCAGCCUGUUGUAAGGAUUGCGGACUUGAAGUAUCCAAUUUGACAUCAGAUAUGAAUCCAUUUACUAUUCAUUCUCAACGUCGACCUGAUUGUCCGU